UAAUAAAGAUAUCGAAUCAGUACUUCAUUGUGUGCAAAGUGGUCAACAUCAUGGCACCUACAUUGCACAUGCUUUAUGCAAGUCCUCCGGCAAGAGCAGUCAUGAUGACUGCCAAAACCAUCGGACUUGAUCUUAAUCUGAAAGAAGUGGAUUUCAUGAAUGAGGAACAUUUAAAACCCGGAUAUGUGAAAAUGAAUCCUCAACAUACAAUUCCUACACUUGUAGAUGAUGAUGGGUUUAUAAUUUGGGACAGCCAUGCUAUUAUGAUCUAUUUGCUAUCUAAAUAUGCUACAAACGACGCGCUUUAUCCCAAGGAUAUCAAAAAACGGGCUGUUAUUGACCAAAGACUUCAUUUUGAAUCAGGCGUCGUAUUCGCACUUUUGAGAAGAAUUGUAAGACCUAUUGUUAUUGGAGGUCAAGAUUUCAUCGAAGAGAAGAAUAAAAAAGCUGUUAUCGAAAGUUACGCUUUUUUGGACCAAUUUUUGGAAGGAAGGCAAUGGGUUGCUGGUGAUUUUAAAAGUAUUGCAGACUACAGCCUUCUUUCAUCAAUCAGUACACUAAACAAUGUGAUUCCUGUUGAUCCUAAAAUGUAUCCUAGAGUGAUAGCUUGGCUGAAACAAUGUGAAGAACUACCGGAAUAUGAGGCUAAUCGUAGAGGACUGCAAGAAAUGUCUGAUAUGCUUAACAGCAAGUUGGCUAAAAAAUAAUAAUUGUUAAACCCACAAUUAAUAAAAAAAUAUUGCAAUUA